UUGUUUUGGUUUUAGCAAAGCUGAAUUAGAAAAGUGCCAAAAAUUUAUUUAUAAAAAUGUCAGUCGAAGUAACAGAUUUAGAAAUUCGCCUGGGUGAGGCAAGUCUAGAAGAUGUCGCAAGUCGUCAUCGGCGCGAGCGCAAAGAGCUGCAGGCAAAAUUACAAGCAAUGAAGAAGAAUGCGCCGAAAAACAACAAAACUAAACGCAAGGAGUUUCUGGAAGAGAUGGCACGGCUAGAGAGCGAACUGGAGCAGCGUCACAAGACGGAAUUAUUGGAAAAGAGCGAAACAGCAGUUGUGGAAGCUGUGCCAGAGCAACCCACAACUAAAGCAACGCCUGUUGAGGGCGACGAUGAUAAUGAAGAUGACGACGAGCCGGUAAACAACCAGCGUCUUUCCAAAGCUCAAAAGCGCCGCAACAAGAAAGAACGUGAGGCACGCGAACGUGCGCAGGAAAUACGCGUGGAACUGGAAAAUGCAGCACUGCAGCCAUCACCAAAGUUAAUUGAGUUGCAGCAAAUUACAAACGCGUUGAAAACCCGGCAUCUCCUGCUCCACUCAAUACCCUCCGAUGGCGAUUGUUUAUAUGGCGCCGUGCGCCAUCAGCUGCAGGUGAAUGCAUUACCGCCGCACAGCAUUGAAGAGCUGCGCACUGAGACUGCCAACUAUGUGCGGGCACACAAGGACUCGCUGAGCUGCUACAUGACGCAUCCGGACACUGGGGAUCUGCUCAAUGAUGCAGAAUUUGAUAAGUACUGCAAGGAUAUAGCCGACACGCACGCCUGGGGUGGUCAUAUUGAGCUCAAGGCGCUCUCUUCUCUACUGCGCGUGCCCAUUGAAGUUAUCCAAGCUGAGGGGCCUCCCACGCUGCUGGGCCAGGACGAGUUUGGUGGAGCGCCUUUGGUGAUUUGCUAUCAUCGUCAUAUCUAUCAGCUGGGCGCUCAUUACAACUCUACGCUGCCAAUAGAGGAGGAUUAAACGCGAACAAGUACCAAUGAAUUUAAUUCAAUUUGUA